CGGACCACCAGCGCAGGCUGCCCGGGCCCGGGGCGACAGCCGGCGAGGGAGCCAGGCAGCGCCGUAGGCGCAAAGGGACCGCCCGUAGCGGGGAGGCGAGGACCAGGGCUGGGCUUUCCUCACCCUUGGUGCCUUCUUAUCUCAUAACUUCAGUGCCCUGAAAUCCGAGGAUUCCACCAAGAUAAUAUGAUAGGAACUUUCGGUGAUUUGGGGCUAUAUCCUACUUAGACGAAUGCAGGCCUUCCAGAUUUUCUGAGAGCUGGUACAGUGGCACACACUGCUUGGUAAUUAGCAUAGGCAAUAAUGCCAUCUCUGCCUCAGGAAGGAGUUAUUCAGGGAACCUCUCACCUGGAUCUGGAUACAGAAUUGCCUUAUCAAAGCACAAUGAAAAGAAAAGUCAGAAAGAAGAAAAAGAAGGGAACCAUUACAGCAAAUGUUGCUGGGACAAAGUUUGAAAUUGUUCGUUUGGUAAUAGACGAAAUGGGGUUUUUGAAAACUCCAGAUGAGGAUGAAACAAGUAACCUUAUAUGGUGUGAUUCAGCGGUUCAGCAGGAAAAGAUUUCGGAGCUGCAAAAUUACCAGAGGAUCAACCAUUUUCCAGGAAUGGGAGAGAUCUGUAGGAAGGAUUUCUUAGCAAGAAAUAUGACCAAAAUGAUAAAGUCUCGGCCUCUGGAUUAUACCUUUGUUCCUCGAACAUGGAUUUUCCCUGCCGAAUAUACUCAAUUUCAGAAUUAUGUGAAAGAAUUGAAGAAAAAACGGAAGCAGAAAACUUUUAUAGUAAAGCCAGCUAAUGGUGCAAUGGGUCAUGGGAUUUCUUUGAUAAGAAAUGGUGACAAACUUCCAUCUCAGGAUCAUUUGAUUGUCCAAGAAUACAUUGAAAAGCCUUUUUUAAUGGAAGGUUACAAGUUUGAUUUGCGAAUUUAUAUUUUGGUAACAUCGUGUGAUCCAUUAAAGAUAUUCCUGUACCAUGAUGGACUUGUGCGAAUGGGAACAGAGAAGUACAUACCACCUAAUGAAUCCAAUUUGACCCAGUUAUACAUGCAUUUGACAAACUACUCUGUGAACAAGCAUAAUGAGCGUUUUGAACGGGAUGAAACUGAAAACAAAGGCAGCAAACGCUCCAUCAAAUGGUUUACAGAAUUCCUACAAGCAAAUCAACAUGAUGUUGCUAAGUUUUGGAGUGAUAUUUCAGAAUUGGUGGUGAAGACUUUGAUUGUAGCAGAACCUCACGUCCUGCACGCGUAUCGAAUGUGCAGACCUGGUCAACCUCCAGGAAGUGAAAGUGUCUGCUUUGAAGUCCUGGGAUUUGAUAUUUUGUUGGAUAGAAAACUAAAGCCAUGGCUUCUGGAGAUUAAUCGAGCUCCAAGCUUUGGAACAGAUCAGAAAAUAGAUUAUGAUGUAAAAAGGGGAGUGCUGCUAAAUGCGCUAAAGCUACUAAACAUCAGGACAAGUGAUAAAAGGAGAAACUUGGCCAAACAAAAAGCUGAGGCUCAAAAGAGGCUUUAUGGUCAAAGUUCAAUAAAAAGACUCUUACCAGGUUCCUCAGACUGGGAACAGCAGAGACACCAAUUGGAGAGGCGGAAAGAAGAGUUGAAAGAGAGACUCGCUCAAGUACGAAAGCAGGUCUCAAAAGAAGAACACGAAAAUCGGCAUAUGGGGAAUUAUAGACGAAUUUAUCCUCCUGAAGAUAAAACACUACUUGAAAAGUAUGAAAAUUUGUUGGCUGUUGCUUUUCAGACCUUUCUUUCAGGAAGAGCAGCUUCAUUCCAGCGAGAACUGAAUAAUCCUUUGAAAAGGAUGAAGGAGGAAGAUAUUUUGGAUCUUCUGGAACAAUGUGAAAUUGAUGAUGAAAAGUUGAUGGGAAAAACUACCAAGCCUCGAGGACCAAAGCCUCUGUCUUCCAUGCCUGAGAGCACCGAGGUAUUGAAAAGACAGAAGUACUACAGCAGUGACAGCAGCUAUGACAGUAGCAGGAGCUGUUCAGAAUCUGAUGAAAACGAAAAAGAAGGCUAUCAAAAUAAGAAGGGAGAAAAGCAAGUUCCAUAUAAUAUUAAAAACUCCAACCACUACAAAUUAAUUCAACAAUCCAGCUCCUUGAGACGGUCAGUCAGCUGCCCUCGGUCCAUCUCUGGUCAGUCACCUUCCAGUGGGGAGACCCGCCCCUUUUCUGCUCAACAAAUGUUAUCAGCAUCCCGGACAACUUCAGGGGCCCGGUCACAUUCCCUAAACCGUGCUUCCUCCUACACGAGGCACCUGCCUCAAAGUAAUGAUGCCAGCUCUACUGACUCUCACAUGAGUGAGUCCUUGCGGCAACCGAAAACAAAAGAACAAGAGGAUGAUCUAACAAGUCAGACCUUAUUUGUCCUCAAGGACAUGAAGAUCCGGUUUCCAGGAAAAUCAGAGGCAGAAUCAGAACUCCUGAUAGAAGAUAUCAUUGAUAACUGGAAGUAUCAUAAAACCAAAGUGGCUUCAUAUUGGCUAAUAAAAUUGGACUCUGUAAAACAACGAAAAGUUUUGGAUAUAGUGAGAACAAGUAUUCGUGCUGUUCUUCCACGCAUCUGGAGGGUACCUGAUGUUGAUGAAUUAAAUUUAUAUCGAAUUUUCAAUCGAGUUUUUAAUCGUUUACUAUGGAGUCAUGGCCAAGGACUGUGGAACUGUUUCUGUGAUUCAGGGUCCUCUUGGGAGAGUAUAUUCAGUAAGAGCCAGGAGGUGGUGUCUCCUCUGCAGCUCCAGUGUUGCCAGCGCCUUGUGGAGCUUUGUAAACAGUGCCUGCUAGUGGUUUACAAAUAUGCAACUGACACAAGAGGAUCACUCUCAGGCACGGGUCCUGACCUGGGUAAUUCCAGGUACUCGUGUGUGUUUCCUAGCCCCUGUAUUUAUUACCAGGAAGUACACAAUUCUUCAUGAGAACACCAACCUAUAACUGGAAAUACACUUCACCUGGAAUGACCCGCUCCAAUGUUUUGUUUACGCCCCGAUAUGGGCAUUUAUGAAACAGAAAAGAAGAUCACUAUGGGUUAUGCAUAAUGGCAAUUCAUUUUGUUUUCCAAGUUAAACAUGCAAAGAAAGUGACCAUUAAGUGCUGUCUUAUGUAUAUAUGACAUAUAUAUGUGAAAAUAUAUACAUACAGGCACUCAAAUAACUUAUAUAUUUAUUAUAAUAUAUGAACAAAGAAUUAGCUGAAAACUGAAUAUAAGAUUUAACCUUUCUGGAAAUGUAAUAAACCAUGUUAAAAUUGUUUACACAAAUACGUGAAUGUCUAGAAUUUGCUAGGUUUAUAAUUAAUUUCUUCCUACUAGAAAUGUUAUUUUUGUUGCAGAGUAUAUAAACACAAUUGACCUUGAAGAUCCCAUUACAGUGUUAAAUUAUUUUCUAGGUAACAUGCCUUUUGACUUAAAGAAACAUUAAUAGUAUAAUACCUUAUUAAUUCACUUAUAAUGGUAGCCUUUUAAAAUGGAAAAAAAAAAAAAGAUUUAGAAGCCUGAUGUUGCUUGAUCAUAGGAUUAUGUAUAAAAUGGGUUUAUUAUUUCUAUAGCACACUAUAAAGUACUAUAAAAAUCCCAGUCUGAUUCUCCAACAUCUUUACUCCUCUAUGUCAAAAUUUAGCUACUUGUAAUAAUGUACGUUUUCAGUAAGGAUCUAGUAACAUCAUAUUAUGCUCUAAAAUGAAAGACAACCUAUUGGGUUAAAAAUACAACACAAACUAGAUUUUAUUUUUACUUUUCAUUGGGAGUCAUACAAGGAACAAAAAUUACGGUAAUGACAAAUUAUUUCUAUAUGAUUUUUGUGUCUCAUACCAGCCAUUUUUAUUUGGAAAGUAUAUAUCUUCAGUGAGUACAUAUGGUCAAAUACAAUUUCUUCUGUUCUGCAGAAGACCUAACAUUUUAAAUUCAUCUUGGUGUUACAGGAUAAUGUUUCACACUUACUGAACAAGUGUCUCAGUUUUGAGGGCAACUCACAUUGCAAGGUCUAAUACAGUAGUUUCACACUGCACCAUAGAAAAUAAUCUAAAUGAUUGUGAAUAGAAGAUUCUGAUUACUAGAUAGUGCUAGUUAUCCGUGUAACCUUGAAGAAUUUUUUUAAUCAGAGUAUCAAGUUUUCUUCGUGACCAAAGUUAUUGUAUAAGCUUCAUAUCAGUUUACUUCUUUCUCUUGCUUACAGUAUCAAAAAUAGUAAGUGAGCUUUCAGUUUUCCAUAAAAAUACAAACAGGAUUUUGAUAUUGAAAUCCUAAGAAAGUACAAUUCAUUUAAAUUUUAGCAGUUCAUUUACAUUUGUUUCCCCAACAGUUUUACUUUCUCACAGAUGCAAAUUAUUUGCAAAGCUCAGCGAUUUUUACCUCUAUUUACUACACUGAAAGCAAUUUCCAGUAAAUCCAAGAAAUGGUCCCAAAGCAGAAGAAGAACUUAGAGAAGCAAACUGGUCUGGUUUAAUUCACAUGCAGGGUAAUUGGCAACCCAAAGUUCUAAGUCAGCUGUAUUUUGCUUUUAGAGCCAUAUUUGGAGGCUAUGUUAGGCUAAAAUAGUUUGUUCACUAAAUUAUUGCUACCUACUUGAUACUUUAUGACUACCUAUCAUCCAGAUUCUAGUUGAUACUUUUCCUUGCUGAAAGCAUCCCAAAGAAGAAUUUUCUAUUGUCUUUGUGGCAAAGGAGGAUAAGGAUAUCAGGAUGAAGAAAAUUACAGUUAGCUCUGACUCCCUUUUGUGAAUUCUUUAAAUAUGUUGUAGAUUUCUUAGAAUAAAUAAUGUAAAAAUUGGGACAUUACAAAAUCAUUCUAAGAUUUUGAUCAACAAGUAAGGCUUCCAGUGUAAUAUUUUUAUUCAUUUUUCUUUAAAAUUCAUGAUUUGGCCAUGGAUAAGACACAACUUUAAAGUGUCUGGUAGCACUUGGCUGAUAACUGAAAGGCUGGUGCUUUGAACUCAACCAAAGACUCCACAGGAAAAAGACCUGGCAGUCUGCUCCUAUAAAGAUUACAGCCUAGAAAACCAUAGAGGUCAGUUCUUCUCUGUCAUAGGGGGUCACUGUGAGUUGAAAAUUGACUUGAGAGCGCCUAACACCAACAGCGAAUAUUGAUACCAACCCAGUUUGUUGAGCACUCAGUUGCAUUAGUUUAAAUCACAAGUGGUUACUUAUUUUGCCAGAGUGAAUACUUUAGGAACCUCUGUCCCUAGUUUUUCAUGUUUUAUUUACAACAAAAAUUAAGAAGGUGCAACAUGGGGAGAAAUCUCUUUACCCCAAAUAAUAAACAAAAACAAAACACCUAAGAAACAAGAGUAAAUGUAUGAAACUACUCAACUAAUUGAUGACUACUACAUUUCAUUUUUCUAGCUACUUAAGUCUGGCCUUAUUCUAAGUACUAGAAUUUUGUUGUCCACAUUUGCUUAUUUAUACUGAUCUAGUUUUAGUUUGAUAUGAUGAAGUUGUGACUAAAGGCAUGUUCUCAUUUACAUGUACUAUGUGGUAUGCCAUGGACUGGCUGAUGGAGGGCUUAUUCCCUAAUGACCAACUAAGAAGAGAAGACACAGUAAUAAAACAUGGAAGUCUCUAGAGGCCAUACGUAGGUUUUAGAGGUAUAAAAUAUUUCUUCUUAUUAUAAAUAUUUUAUUCAUAGGGUUAAAAUGUAUCAGGACAAGAGAUAGUACGGGUCUGACUCUUUCCUUUAGGAGAGAAAAUAGCUUUAUCUGAAAAAUUCCAGAAGCUACUCAUUCUUACCAGGGUCUUUUAAUAAGGGAAUUUGGUUUACUUACUAUGAAAGCAUGUUUUCAGUUUGUUAUAGAAAAGAAUUUUUUCUGUAAAUCUAGGUUGGAAUGCUUUUCAGAACUGUAUAACAUUAGAAUGAUUUCCAGAAUCAUAUAAGAAGCAAGCUUUUUAUUUUAAAUCAUCACCUAAGGACAUAGUAUGAGACUGCAAAUUAGUUUUCGCUUUAAUCUAAUACCCAGGAUUGUAGAUUAGUUAACAAUUGCUUUAUGUAAUUUGUUGAAGGAACUACUGUGAUUCAUAUUUUGACUACUAUUACUAGCAUCAAAUUGCACUUCACUUACCUUGAAUAUAUAGAAAUGAGGUAAUAAAGGGAUUGAAUAUGGACAUGGCAAUGAAGACUUCUGCCUAUAACAUAGCUGAAUAGCCAUAGUACUCUGUUAUAUAUAAGACACAAAGAUCUACACAAACUUUUUCAUAUGUCUAAAUUAGGUUUAAAUACACAGUUUCCACCAGUUCCUCUUACCUAAAACUACAACCAAACCAAACUAAACCAACAAAAUAAUCAGCCUUUUUUUUUCUUUUUAUCUAAUACUUACACACAACUAGAUCAUAGUGGAUUCUGUCAAAGGAUUUCAUUGUAAUUCUUUAUAAUUUGAAAAGUAUAAGUGUUAUCUGACUUGAAACUUCACAUGUUUUAAUGUAAAUUAAUCCAAAUUAUUUCUUCUUUAGCAUGUCAAAGUCAUUCCAUUUAGACAUACUCUUUGAAUCUAAGCAUACACAUUACUUGACCUUUUCAAAAUACCAAAAAAUUGAUAGUUGCAUCAACUCCAUUAUUUCUAGUUUUCUAUAAAGUGUUGCUUCAUUCUUAAAUGUAUGUUCUUUUAAAAUAAUAGCAAAUACCUCAAGAAUGACAGAAAAUAAUUUCCUUUUCUGUUAUGUAAUGCUAAUAUAUAUUUUGAGCCUUAGUUGACUUGGUUCUGAGGAUUAAACAAUAAAAAGUGCAACUAUAAAAUUAGUUGUGUUCCUGUGAGACCUGAUGAUACAAUUUUUUAAAUUUACUUUUCUCUUUAAAUUUAAAAACUCAAGUUUUUAAGGGCUGUGUUCAUUAUCUAAAUAUUUUGAGCUGGUAAUUGACUUAUGAAGAAAUAAAAAAUUUAUUAAUAUAUUAAUGAUCAAAAUUUUAUUUUUUAUCCUGCUCUGUCUUUUUUUUUUUUUAAUUCUUAAGUUCCCUUUGGAGUUUUGAUCUUUGCAUGGACAAAGCCAAGAAAAGAGAAAUCUUGUCUUUUAAACAUUGGUUUUCCUUUCCUUUUAUCAUUUUGUAUCUUUGCCUCAGCAACAAUAAAACUUAGAUAAAACAUAUCAUUGGAUCAAGUUCAAUUUGUCUGAGAUUUUUUUAAGAACCAAGCUCAAGUCUCUGUGACUAAAAAACAUUGUCUCAAUCCGUAAGAACCAAGAUAUGUGGCUACAAAUAACAGUUUUGCAACCAGAAGUUGAUAUUUUAAAAUUUUUGCAUACUUUUAAGAUUGCUGCUUUUUUUUGUGUGUGUUUUUUUGCCUCGCCAGAAAUGGGUGUGUGGUAUAUUAGGAAAGGAAGGAAAAUUAUUCAGGUAACAUAUUCUGCAUUACCUGGGCUAUAUUAGCUGAGAAAAGUUAUGUAAAGCUUUCAUUUUAUCCCCACCUACUAACUUGAAAGUUAUUGGUAAAGACUUCAUUCAAUACAGUAAUAUUUUCUAAAUUAGUAGGAUGGCUUAGCUUAUAAAAAUAGAUAAUGCUGAUAUUUCCUUUCCAAAGGCCGACAUUGACGAUGGUUGGGCCUGAGACCAGUCGGUCCAUACAGUAACGACUGUACAUGCUAAAACAUUGGAAUGUUAAUGAAUUUUCUGAAGAUUCUGGGUUUGAGGAUUAGCUUGAAAGCAGUACAUUUGCUAACAUGACUCAUGACUCAGCGUAUCGCCAUGUGCUUUACUACCUGUAUAUAAACGCAAAUGUUGUUGUAGAAAAUAUGCUUGCAAUGUCAACACAAUGUGCAAUUAGCAUUGCAUUGUCACACUCCAGCAUGUGAUAUCUGUAUGGUGAAAUUAUUUUAAUUACUCAGAUAUGUUACUAUAAUAAAAAAUAUUUAACACAAGAACGAUACAACAUGUCAUCAAAUGGUUAUUUCUGUUUAUACACACACACGUUGUUUUUAGUAGUAGAAGAGAUUGGCUCCCAAUUAAGGUUUCAGGGUGAUGAGCUAUAUUUUCACAGUAAUUUUCUUUUGCUAUUCAGACAGCAAUAGCACUAUGGGGAUAACUUCACCUGCUAUUAAAGUCAGGUCGAGUAAACAAAAUUUGUGUCAAUUCCUCUUUUAGUUAGUUGGAAAGCAGAAGGUUCUAAAAUUUACGAAUGACACUUUUAUGCCUUUCUUGCAUCAUGGAUUAAAACAACAGUACUACUAAUCUGGUUAGAAUUAUGUUAGCAUCUCACAUAUGAACUUUCAUUUUUUUCAGGAACUUAAAAUUUUAUCAUUGUUAAAACAGCAUACUAAACUUCAAAAAAAACAUAUCUUAGUCUUACUGCCAUUUAUACCCUUAUUCUUUAAGAUAAUUUUAUCUAAAGAAUUUAGAAUUUUUUCCCUUAAAGAAAGGACGCUUGUUGGACAAAAACCUUAUUAUAUGAUGAGAACUUUAAUGCAUGAAUGCCUUACCUUUUGGGACUGACAACCAAAUGGUAUAAAUGUUGACUCUUAAAAUUGUAUUAAAAAAAAUUAUUUGUUUUACAAUGUGAAAAGUUUCCAUAAAAGCCUUCAAGGUUGAAUUUUAUUUUUUUCAGUGAAAGAUAAAGAUGAGGCAAACGUGGGUAGUUUGGUAUCUUUCUAUUUUAUCAAAUAAUUUGUAAUAUGUAUAUAUUUUUUCAUUUAACUAAAUGACUGAUAAUCAUUUUAAUUAUAAAGUUAAUCAUCCUGAAAAAAGCAAAAAUAUUUCAAGAGUUAGAAAACUUCAUAUAGUGCCUGAAAACAAAGUGAACAUUCAGUGCUUUUGUAGAGAGUAGGAGAGUAGAUCUUCACACUAUUUGGAGAGAGUUUUCUCUUAAUGAUUGAUUACUCACGGUGCACGUAUAGAGCAUGGCAGCAACAGUGCCCGUUGCCAUGGUCA